AUGGAACCUGGCAAUGGCCCGAGCGAACAAGGGACCCUCCCUUCACACACUGAAUCCACACAUCAUGCAACGACUGAGAGGGAAUUAUUGAUUCAGUCAAACAAUUCUUCAGAUCCCAUAGCUUCUCAGCAGCGGCAUCCUUCUGCUAGCAAUCUGCGCCCCUCAGCCAUACUCGAACUGGUCGAGGGUGAAGCACCGCCACAUGAGGGACACGAAGACGAAUCCACAAACGAUGCACCAAACACACGAAAGCUCGAAGAAUGUCAUGCAAUCUCUACAAGUGCAUCCUCUCUACCAGUCUCACGAGCUCCCCAGGCCUGUACAGAUGACCGAAGUUACCCCAUCCCACAGUGCCUGGAGGAUCUUUCCAGACUUAAGCAGCUCAGCCUGAGGCCCAAUACAUUUGAACUACUUUCCGAGGCAUUCCGUGCAUCCUUGUGUGUCAUUCGCUGUCUUCGGGCUGUCAUUCGUCUGCACGGAAUGUAUGCGUGCUGCGGCAAUAUGGAGCAGCUGCGAAACCGCGAUACUCUCGGAAGUUCUGAUGCCGAAGCCCUUUCACUUGCUGCAAGCAUCAUGGAGAAGCAGAUGGAAUUCAUUGCUGACGAAACCGCAUAUGAUUCUCUGAUGAAGUGGCCAAAUACUGCUUCUGAGACUCAUGGCUGCGUGAGUGUGCCAAGCGUCCAACCCGGCACGCAUUGUACGGAAGGGGAAUUGACGACUGACGCACUACCAGACACAACAUCCAGUCCAGUUAUAGGAAUGGAUGCAGCGAAAUCCAUGCAUGGGGUUACAACUACGCGAAAUGGACAGAUAAAAGCAGUAGCAGCCACUCCUGAAAUCUCCGAGUUGCCCCCUUCUACGGGCCCUACGAGUAACGGGGUACUAGAGUACGAACUCUCUGUGUGCAAGGCACUUUUGUUACUACAGCAGCUAAAGCCAAACAGCUACUCGACUGUUGAAGAGUCGCCAACUCCACCGUCGCUGUCUCCACAAUCAGCUCUUUCCCCACGCGCAGCGCACCGUACUAUGGUACCUGCACCCCACAGUGCCUCUUUCAACACAAAAAAACUUAUGGGUUUAUCAGCAUACAGGAGCGGUGUACCCCCAGAUGCAAUUGUGGAUGUCUUGUUGCGCGUACGGCUUCUACAAGGAAGUCAACAGCUGCUGCGGGCAGACUUCGCGCGCCUUCUCCAUCAACAACGCAAGCAUCAGCAACAGCUGAAGAGUGCUGUACAAACGACGGUGAUGAAGUUGGGUCCGGCAGCUUCCCCUAUGAAUCCUAAAGCAGCAGAGAGAGACGCUCUCUUGGGACGCAUGCAGAAGCUUUCUACUGCCGUGAACCGCAAGUAG